CAGAGGGUGAGUCGGCGGCGAAGGCGACCGCUUUCUUGCGGCACGAUGCCGUCCCUGCUGGUCCUCACUUUCUCCGCGUGCGUCCUGCUCGGCUGGGCGUUGCUGGCUGGCGGCACGGGUGGCGGCGGGGGCACGGGCCCAGGCAGCGGGCGCCGGGAAAGAGAGGCGCUGCCUCCUCAGAAGAUCGAGGUGCUGGUGCUGUUGCCCCAGGACGACUCGUACUUGUUCUCACUGGCUCGGGUGCGGCCGGCCAUCGAGUAUGCCCUGCGCAGCGUGGAGGGCAACGGGACCGGGAGACGGCUUCUGCCGCCCGGCACUAGCUUCCAGGUGGCCUACGAGGACUCGGAUUGCGGUAACCGCGCACUCUUCAGUCUAGUGGACCGCGUUGCGGCUGCACGAGGCGCCAAGCCCGACCUCAUCUUGGGACCUGUUUGCGAGUACGCUGCAGCACCGGUGGCCCGACUUGCGUCGCACUGGGAUCUGCCCAUGUUGUCGGCCGGAGCACUGGCCGCGGGCUUCCAACGCAAGGAAACUGAAUACUCGCACCUCACGCGCGUGGCGCCUGCCUACGCCAAAAUGGGCGAGAUGAUGCUAGCCUUGUUCCGCCACCACCACUGGAGCCGCGCUGCGCUCGUCUACAGCGAUGACAAACUGGAACGGAACUGUUACUUUACCCUCGAGGGUGUUCACGAGGUUUUCCAGGAGGAGGGUUUGCAUACGUCUGCCUACAAUUUCGACGAAACCAAAGAUUUGGACCUGGACGACAUCGUGCGCUACAUCCAGGCCAGUGAGCGAGUGGUGAUCAUGUGUGCGAGCGGUGACACCAUCCGGAAUAUCAUGCUGGCAGCACACAGACAUGGCAUGACCAGUGGAGACUACGCUUUCUUCAACAUUGAACUCUUCAACAGUUCUUCCUAUGGAGAUGGCUCAUGGAAGAGAGGAGACAAACACGACUUUGAGGCUAAGCAAGCAUACUCAUCCCUCCAAACAGUCACUCUACUGAGGACCGUGAAACCUGAGUUUGAGAAGUUUUCCAUGGAGGUGAAAAGUUCUGUUGAGAAACAAGGGCUCAAUGAGGAGGAUUACGUGAACAUGUUCGUUGAAGGAUUCCAUGAUGCCAUCCUCCUCUAUGUCCUGGCUUUACAUGAAGUACUCAGAGCUGGUUAUAGCAAGAAGGAUGGUGGGAAGAUUAUCCAGCAGACCUGGAACAGAACAUUUGAAGGUAUUGCUGGGCAGGUCUCCAUAGAUGCCAAUGGAGAUCGGUACGGGGACUUCUCUGUGAUUGCCAUGACGGACGUCGAAGCAGGGACCCAGGAGGUUAUUGGCGACUACUUUGGAAAAGAGGGUCGUUUUGAAAUGCGUCCUAAUGUUAAAUAUCCUUGGGGCCCUUUGAAACUGCGAAUAGAUGAAACCAGAACUGUGGAGCAUAGCAAUGGCCCUCCUUGCAAAUCGUGUGGCCUAGAAGAAUCAGCAGUGACUGGAAUUGUUGUGGGGGCCCUUCUUGGAGCUGGUUUGCUAAUGGCCUUCUACUUUUUCAGGAAGAAAUACAGAAUAACCAUUGAGAGGCGAAACCAGCAAGAAGAAAGUAACAUUGGAAAACAUCGAGAGUUGCGGGAAGAUUCCAUCAGAUCCCAUUUUUCAGUGGCUUAAAAGAAGCCUUCCUCCCCGCCCACCCCCUCUGCUUGAGAUUCUUAAGCUGGGAUGAAAGACAUCCAUGGAACAGAAGGGGUGUUCUUGAAGAAUUCAUUCUUUUAAGCAGUUAGUCAUUUUGUCUUAAAAUUUCUUUAGAAGCUCAGGAACUAUUAUUAAUCACCAUUGGCCUCCUAGCCUUUCAUCUCAUGACAAAGAAAUAUAAGGAUAUAACGUCACUCUGUUAAAUGUUCAUACUGCUUGGAGGGCAUAGAAUUAGACUUGUGUUUUUACAACCUGCUGUCUCCAUAUCUGGAUGGUUUCUGGGGACAUUUCACACAAGGAUAUAAAAAUGUGGUUUUCUUAAAUGAACUGUUUUGUAGCUAGAAUAAAAUCAUUUUUAUAAGUAGAAUAUUCUUGGAAAGAAUUUAACACCCAAUGAGAGGAAACUGUAAUGAAAAAAAUUCGAGGUUGGAAAUACAGUGUCCGUCUCUCUGGAGCUGGAGGACAGGUUGUGGUGGAGCAGGGCUCUGUCUAACGUCUACAUUCAGGUCUGACUUCAUAUCUCGAGAAAGGAUCCUCCCUGUCUCUCUCAGUGUCUCAUAAAAGCUACUCUGGAAAGUUGUAAAUAUUAGUGAGGUAGGAGGGUUUUUACAAGAAAAGCAAGUCUGAAAUGUUUCUUUCUUUUUUAUGUAAAAAAACCUAUUUCACACUAACAUUUUAUUUUUAAGUAUUUUAAUCUUAUAUUUUGGUAUUAGAAAAAUGUGUCUAUUUUUUCAUUUUGAAGAUUAAAUUUCACUUAUAUUUUAA